GUCCCUCGGCGGACACCGUUUGCCAGUCAAAGCUAUGUCUCCGCGCUCACCGACUUCAUAGGGUUCCGAAUUCUGUCUUUUUCCCCCAAGCUUGCCAUGGCUAGUCGAGGGGCUCGGCAGCGCCUGAAGGGCAGCGGGGGCAGCAGUGGGGAUACGGCCCCGGCUGCGGACAAGCUGCGGGAGCUGCUGGGCAGCGGAGAGGCGGGCGGCGCGGAGCACAGGACCGAGUUAUCUGGGAACAAAGCAGGACAAGUCUGGGCACCUGAAGGAUCUACUGCUUUCAAGUGUCUGCUGUCAGCAAGGUUAUGUGCUGCUCUCCUGAGCAACAUCUCUGACUGUGAUGAAACAUUCAACUAUUGGGAGCCAACACACUACCUCAUCUAUGGGGAAGGGUUUCAGACUUGGGAAUAUUCCCCAGCAUACGCCAUUCGCUCCUAUGCUUACCUGUUGCUUCAUGCCUGGCCAGCUGCAUUUCAUGCAAGAAUUCUACAAACUAAUAAGAUUCUUGUGUUUUACUUUUUGCGAUGUCUUCUGGCUUUUGUGAGCUGUAUUUGUGAACUUUACUUUUACAAGGCUGUGUGCAAGAAGUUUGGGUUGCACGUGAGUCGAAUGAUGCUAGCCUUCUUGGUUCUCAGCACUGGCAUGUUUUGCUCAUCAUCAGCGUUCCUUCCUAGUAGCUUCUGUAUGUACACUACAUUGAUAGCCAUGACUGGAUGGUAUAUGGACAAGACUUCCAUUGCUGUGCUGGGAGUAGCAGCUGGGGCUAUCUUAGGCUGGCCAUUCAGUGCAGCUCUUGGUUUACCCAUCGCCUUUGAUUUGCUGGUCAUGAAACACAGGUGGAAGAGUUUCUUUCAUUGGUCGCUGGUGGCCCUCAUACUCUUUCUGGUGCCUGUGGUGGUCAUUGACAGCUACUAUUAUGGGAAGUUGGUGAUUGCACCACUCAACAUUGUUUUGUAUAAUGUCUUUACUCCUCAUGGACCUGAUCUUUAUGGUACAGAACCCUGGUAUUUCUAUUUAAUUAAUGGAUUUCUGAAUUUCAAUGUAGGCUUUGCUUUGGCUCUCCUGGUCCUACCACUGACUUCUCUUAUGGAAUACCUGCUGCAGAGAUUUCAUGUUCAGAAUUUAGGCCACCCAUAUUGGCUUACUUUGGCUCCAAUGUAUAUUUGGUUUAUAAUUUUCUUCAUCCAGCCUCACAAAGAGGAGAGAUUUCUUUUCCCUGUGUAUCCACUUAUAUGUCUCUGUGGUGCCGUGGCUCUCUCUGCACUUCAGAAAUGUUACCACUUUGUGUUUCAACGAUACCGCCUGGAGCACUAUACUGUGACGUCGAAUUGGCUGGCAUUAGGAACUGUCUUCCUGUUUGGGCUUUUGUCGUUUUCUCGCUCUGUGGCACUGUUCAGAGGAUAUCACGGGCCCCUUGAUUUGUAUCCAGAAUUUUACCGAAUUGCUACAGAUCCAACCAUCCACACUGUCCCAGAAGGCAGACCUGUGAAUGUCUGUGUAGGAAAAGAGUGGUAUCGAUUUCCUAGCAGCUUCCUUCUUCCCGAUAAUUGGCAGCUUCAGUUCAUUCCAUCAGAGUUCAGAGGUCAGUUACCAAAACCUUUUGCAGAAGGACCACUGGCUACCCGGAUUGUUCCUACUGACAUGAAUGACCAGAAUCUAGAAGAGCCAUCCAGAUAUAUCGAUAUCAGUAAAUGCCAUUAUUUAGUGGAUUUGGACACCAUGAGAGAAACACCUCGGGAGCCAAAAUAUUCAUCCAAUAAAGAAGAAUGGAUCAGCUUGGCCUAUAGGCCAUUCCUUGAUGCUUCUAGAUCUUCAAAGCUGCUGCGGGCAUUCUAUGUCCCUUUCCUGUCAGAUCAGUAUACGGUGUAUGUAAACUACACCAUCCUCAAACCCCGGAAAGCAAAGCAAAUCAGGAAGAAAAGUGGAGACCGGAGAAGAGCAGAACCAACUUACAGGAAGAAUUGAAAAUCCUGGGACUGGAUGGCUGUGUUAAGCUGUUCUCCACACUCUGGCCUGGCAUCUGAGAACUAGCAAGCCUCUCUUAGGCCAUAUGGGCUUCUCCACCAAAGCUGUUUGGCAGCUCCUAGCAGACCUUCUUGUUCAAAUCCUCGUGCUGAAAAUGAACAUAGCCUAGUUGCCAGCCCACAUGUCCUUUUCACCUCCAGCAAGACUAAGCUUCUUUAAAGCACUUCACAGGACUAGGACCCUGUCCUGGAGCUAUCUCAGGAAAAAGGCGACCAUUUGAGGAACUGUGACCUAAUUUUAUUAUAAUGAUGCCUCUAAUUUUAAUUUGCUUUACAACCCACUGUACCUAUAUGGUUGUAUUGUUUUUUUGUUUAGUUUUAGCAUGCUAUGUUUUGAAUUCUAGACUCCUCCGUGUGAAGAUAUCAACAGACAAAACUACAACUGUACAGGACAUAUUUGGAGAAAAUUUUAUCAAUUGAUAGAUUUGGAUGACAUCACAUUUUUAAGUAAUGUAAUCUGAGGCCACUGCUGAGGAAAUUAAGAAUUUUCCUUUUUUUUUUAACCACCCCCAGUGAAAAGGACCAGUGUAUAUUUAUAGAACCUAUUUUUUAGUUCUGUCUGUUGUGAGGCACAUCCUGCAUGGGGCACUUCUAGUCAAAUAGGCAAUUAUAAGGACCUAAUUAAAAUGUAAUAAGUAUAUACUAUUACUUUAAAAGCCUUUACUGUCAGUACUUCAGUUUACAAGGCACUUUCACAGCAUCUCAUUUGAUCCUCACAAUCACAACAUGUGGUAGGCAAGGCAGGUGAUUUUUAUCCCCAUUUUACAGAUAAGGAAACAGGCUGGGGUGGGGAGUGAGGGGAGGUAAACAUAGUUGCCUGAGGUCACACAGCCAGUAAGUAAUAGAGCUGGGACUGGAACCUAGGUUUCCUUACUCUCAUCUGUUGCUCCUCCAUAUUCCUCACUCAACCAUGAAAACAUUACUCGAAAGGACUGACGAGGUUAACCAGAGACCCAACUGAUAUUGUAACUUUCUAUUUUAAGGAAGAAUUCUAUCUGUAUUUCUUUGAGUUCUUUGGAGCCUCCAGUCUGCCUGUAUGUUAGACCAGCACAGCAGUGCUGUGUGAUUCAGCCUGACCUGUGGCAGGAAAGUAGUGCUUCUGUUUGGAAGUCGUCUUCUUUUGCAGCCACACAGGAUCCAAAUAUUAGUACUAUUCCUGUAGUCAAUCUGGGGUCACAUUAUAGGUGCCUUAUUUCCCUAAGGGUAACUGAUCUGAAUAUCUGCAAAUAGGAUGAAUCUAUUUUUCAGAAGUUCCAUCUUUCAUUUUUCUUUUUUUUUUCUCUUUUGAGGUGGAGUCUCAUUCUGUCGCCCAGGCUGGAGUGCAGUGGCGUGAUCUCGGCUCACUGCAACCUCUGUCUCCCAGGUUGAAGCAAUUCUUAUGCCUCCCAAGUAGCUGGGAUUACAGGCAUGAGCCAUCACGCCCAGCUAAUUUAUGUAUUUUUAGUAGAGUCGGGGUUUCACCAUGUUGGCCAGGGUGGUCUUGGACUCCAGACCUCAGCUGAUCCACCCACCUCAGCCUCCCAAAGUGCUGGGAUUACAGGCAUGAGCCAUUGUACCCAGUCCCAUCUUUCAUUUUCAAAGAGGAGGGCAUUCUAAUAGGAACUGAUGCCAAGAGAGAAGAAAAGAAGUGAUAACAGAAGAAAUGGCUAGUUACGAUAUUAAAAAGCUCCUCUUUGAGAUCUGCUCUGCAGGAAUAUCAGAGACAGAGUUGAAGCACUGGAGAAGUAAUAGGUCUAGACAGUACAGAACAAUAACUGGGGAGUGUGUGAAGAUAGACUGGGCCUCCUUGCUUGAAAGAUCUCUGGUAUUUAAUUCUCAAUACUUGAUUAUUGUUUUCCAGUGUGAAACUGGCACAUAUGAUCUGACUAUAGGACAGAGAAUUAUAAGUGAAACAUUUGCCUUACUUGCAGUGAUGAUGUGCUGUUCUUCACAGGAGCUAAGGCCCUCUAUGUUUCGCAGAGGUAAAUAAGAAUCCAGGAAUGGAGGUCCGUCUGUGAUGAAUGACUUUUUUCUAAUCAAAGUAGUAUAAUGCUGGUCUAUUUUAUCAUCUUGCUUGUUUGUUUGUUUUUUUAAACAACAACUUAAUUAUAAUAUAGCACAAAGAAAGGCCAGGACUGAUGCAGGGAUUCCUUGGAAACAGCAGUUCCUAACACUUUUAAAACCUGAUUUUGGAUCUCUCUGUUCUGUGUAUGUCUUUAGUGAGCACAAUAAAUGGCAGGACACUGUGCCAAAUGCUAUAGGUAAGGAAUAUAGAAAUGAAUGUUUUUUAUUGUGAAGGUGUUUCCAUGUGAUAUUUUAUAAACACAUUUUUUUUAAAUCUCCAUCACUUUGUAAUAUAGGAAGGAUAGCUUUGCCUGGGAAAAACAGUUUCAAAACACCUGCUCAGAGUAGCAUUUGUCCCUCAGAAAAUCAGUGUUCAGCCUGCACUGACUGUUCUGCUUGCCAUAAGGAGGAAGCAUGCAAGAUACUUAUUUCUCCAUAGAUGAUGGAGUAUAGAGGGAUGUGGGACUACAGAUAAUUUUUUUUUGUUUUUUGCGAGACAGAGUCUUGCUCUGUCACCCAGGUUGGAGUGCGGUGGCACGACCUCAGCUCACUGCAACCUGUGUCUCCCAGGUUCAAGCAAUUCUCCUGCCUCAGCCUCCCGAGUAGCUGGGAUUACAGGCAUGCACCACCGCGCUCAGCUAAUUUUUGUAUUUUUAGUAGAGGUGGGGUUUUACCUUUUUGGCCAGGCUGGUCUCAAACUCCUGACCUCGUGAUCCUCCCCCCUCAGCCUCCUGAAGUGCUAGGAUUGCAGGCGUGAGCCACCACGCCCGGCCCAGAUGACUUGUAAUAUAUGAUCGGGGGUGAGUGAGGAAGUAGGUAUACUUGGCAAAUGCAUGGUUCUCUGAUUUCUAGCUCUAAAGUAGCCUUAUCUGAAUCCCCAAAUCUUGUGAUGCUGAGUACCAUUACUGAACCAGUCUGCACGGUAGGCAUCUAUUACCAAAAUUUACCUCCUACCUGGUAGGUGUCGUCUGAUAAGAAAGAAGACAGGUUAUUUUAAUCUUUUGAGAUAAUCACAGAAAAUUGCAGCCCAUACUCUUUAUUACCGAAUUCAAGUUUGGAAAUAGGCCCUUUGUUUUAAAUCAUGAUGGGACUUUAUCCCAACCAUUUAUCUCGGUCAUUUUUCCAACUUUGGAGUUCUAGGAAAGAACCUUGAAAACCCGAUAUGAUUCUGCAGCGUGAGGUCUAGGGUGACCAUUUGGGCAAAGCUCCAACGGCAAUCAUUUAUUGUGUUUUGCAUUUCCUGGGAUUUAUUGAAAUAAGAAUUCACUGUGAUUAUGUAGUCUUCUGGCCAGUAUCAGGCAGCUCUGCUUUUAAUUUGGUUAAUUUUAUUUUAUCUGAAGAGGGAGAAGAGGCACAAUUUAAUCUUGGCCUCCACAAGCAUAUUAAAGCUCAUGUGUUAAUCAGUGCAUUCUUAUGCUCCUACAUUAAAUGCCUUGGGUAAAUGGAUAAAUGGACAUGUGCCCAGCUUUAAUUUUUUUUUGCAGCAGAAAGAUCAGACUUCCAUACGGCAUUGUUGGAUUUCAGAGGCUUUCUGGUGUAUCUGUAAAUCUGAAUGUUGCCUUUACUUUUGCCAGUCUGUAUAACUAUGUGAUUCAUGCUGCAGAUGAAAUCAGGAAGCAGUAAAGUGUUAAAGCAAGAGUAUUGUCCAAUUCGCUUGUCUUCCUGAUCCUUGUACUUUAUUUCACAUGUCAGUGUUUACAUUACAUACUUAUAUUUCCCGUUAAAAAGUUAAAUAAAUUGUAGCAGUUUGA